UUUCUCCGCCAGUGCGAGCAUCGUGAGCGCGAGCGAGACAUGGCACCUGUGUGAGGGGCAUCGCGUCCGUUAGCUGACACAUAACAGACAUACACAACUAUAUAUAAUGUUGCUAAAUAUCGUUUUGUAAUUAAAUAUGUAUGUGUAUUAGAGAAGGCAUUCUUUUUCAAUAAUUUCAUUUUCUUGCGAAAAUAUUCGUUCUUAAAGGAAAAAAUAGGGCGACGGCACGCUUUUUAAAAAAGAAAGAUAGGAUUUUAUUUUGAAAACAGGUCAAUUAUGAAGAAAUUUAAUUUCCGAAAGGUGUUAGACGGUUUGACAGCCGCGUCUUCCCCGGCUCAUUCUGGCGGCGGGCUCGGAUCUGGGACAGGCGCCGGUGGCGGUAGCAGUGCUGGCGCUGUCAGCGGAGGCAGUGGCGCUGCCAGCGGCGGCGGUGGCGGCGGUGCCAUGGGAGGAGGGAGAGGAGGAGCUGGGGACUCGGAGAUACCGGAGACACUCACUUCCGAACACUUUCAGAUCUGUAAGACGGUACGUCAUGGCUUCCCCUGUCAACCUUCUGCCUUAGCUUUUGAUCCAGUGCAAAAAAUCCUGGCUAUUGGAUGCCGUACAGGAGCACUACGAAUUUUAGGUCGUCCUGGGGUUGAUUGUUACUGUCAACAUGAAAGUGGGGCAGCUGUGCUGCAGCUUCAGUUCCUAAUCAAUGAGGGAGCUUUAGUAAGUGCUUGCGCAGAUGACACACUUCAUUUAUGGAACCUCCGCCAAAAGCGUCCAGCAAUCCUUCAUUCACUGAAAUUCAAUCGAGAGCGGAUUACCUUCUGCCAUCUCCCUUUCCAGAGUAAAUGGUUGUAUGUGGGCACAGAGCGAGGAAAUACAUACGUUGUGAAUAUCGAGUCAUUUGUCCUAUCGGGAUAUGUCAUAAUGUGGAAUAAAGCAAUAGAACUGUCUACAAAAACUCACCCUGGCCCUGUUGUUCAUUUAAGUGACAGUCCAAGGGACGAGGGGAAACUGCUCAUGGGAUUUGAAAGUGGAACAGUUGUGCUGUGGGACAUAAGGUCAAAGAGAGCAGAUUUCAGAUUUUAUUAUGAUGAGGCCAUCCAUUCUGUCAGCUGGCAUCAUGAAGGGAGGCAGUUCAUGUGUAGCCAUUCAGAUGGUAGUUUAACCCUUUGGAACUUGAAAAACCCAAGCAAACCUUUUCAGAUCAUAGUACCACAUGGAAAAGUCCAAAGGGAUGGAAAAAAGCCUGAGCCGUGUAAACCAAUCCUAAAAGUAGAUCAUAAGACGUGUAGAUAUAGUGAACCAUUUAUCAUAUUUUCUGGAGGACUUUCCUAUGAUAAAGGGUGCAGAAGACCCAGCCUGACAAUUAUGCAUGGCAAAUCUAUUACAGUUUUGGAAAUGGAUUAUCCAAUAGUGGACUUCCUAGCUCUUUGUGAAACACCGUAUCCAAAUGAAUUUCAAGAACCUUAUGCAGUUGUUGUGCUACUUGAAAAAGAUUUGAUUGUUGUCGAUCUGACGCAAAGCAAUUUUCCUAUCUUUGAAAAUCCAUAUUCAAUGGAUCUGCAUGAGUCUCCAGUGACUUGCUCUGCGUAUUUUGCCGAUUGUCCUCCUGAUUUGAUACCUGCACUUUAUUCUGUGGGAGCAAAACAACAAAAAAAACAGGGAUAUAGCACAAAGGAAUGGCCGAUUGCUGGUGGCACAUGGAAUUUGGGUGCACAAACGUACCCUGAAAUCAUCAUAACUGGGCAUGCAGAUGGCUCAUUGAAAUUUUGGGAUGCUUCUGCCAUUACUCUUCAAGUAUUAUACAAGUUGAAAACCUCCAAAGUAUUUGAAAAGCAGAAAGUGAAAGAUGCAAAGCAAAUUGCAGAGAUUGUAGAAGAGGAUCCGUAUGCUAUACAAAUGAUCAGUUGGUGUCCAGAGAGCAGAAUGUUCUGUGUCGCAGGCAUUUCAGCACAUGUGAUUGUUUACCGAUUCAGCAAACAUGAAAUUACUGUUGAGUUAGUGGCUCUGGAACUACGAUUACAGUAUGAUGUUGAAGAUAUUGUUACCCCUGAACCUGAGUCUGUACAGCCAAUCACUGAUACUUCUUCACAACUUUCCAUUUCAAAGACUUCUGCAUUAUCUGGUAGUGCAAAUGCAUUAACAUCAGAAGGAUUAAAGGACAACAUCCCAUGUCUCAAGGUCAAAACCCGACCUGUCAGAAUGGCUCCAGGGUACCAAGCUGAUCUUGUCAUUCAGAUGGUCUGGGUCGAUGGAGAACCACCUCAACAAAUCACCAGCUUAGCAGUGAGCUCUGCCUAUGGCCUUGUGGCAUUUGGAAACUGUAAUGGUUUGGCAAUUGUGGACUUUAUGCAAAAGACCACUCUACUCAGCAUGGGAACUAUUGAACUUUAUGGUACAAAUGACCCAUUUCAACGGCAUCUUAGAUCACCUCGAAAAAGCAAACAGCUCAAUGCAGAAACUCUUUGCAUGCGUGGCCUCUCUAGUUUUUACUCACUGAAACGGCUCCGUGCGUCUUAUCAGACUGCUGUUACAGCAUUAAGCCUUGGCUGCUGUGAAGGUUUGACCGAACUUCUCGAUAACCCUGUAUCACAGGAGAUUGAACGCUGCAAAUCUCCCACUUCAGGUAAAGUAAAAGGACCAAGAAAGUUAAGUCUGCCGACAGAUCUUAAGACUGAUCUCGGAUCUGUGAAAAGUUCCUGUAUAGAAGGAAAAGCAACUAUUUCAAGAAACUCAAUGAAAGCUUUUGAGAGGACUAGAACCAUUUAUGAAGAUCAUGUCAAUGGAGUUUGCACAAGUCCUGUUUCCCAACCAUGCAAUACCGGGAAGCGUCUUUCCAUUGCUGAUACUUCAAAGCUGAAUCGCCGAGGGCCAGGCCGACCACCAUUUCGAAAAGCACAAUCAGCAGCCUGCAUGGAAAUCUCAUUGCCUGUCACCCAGACAGAAGUAGGCCACACUUCCAGACGGGCAAUGCUUCAGCAAUUGCAUGGCAUCAGUAUUUUCUCUCACGAUGAGCACCAUGCUUCCUCAUAUUCAUGGAGCGAAAAAGAAAGUAAAGAAAAUUCUUUUAACCGGUCCCGAAGUUCCAGUGUCUCCAGCAUUGACAAAGAAUCAAAGGAGGCUAUAACUGCUCUGUAUUUUAUGGAGUCCUUUAGCCGAAAGAUGGACUCGACCCUUUCACCUUGUCUAUGGGUUGGUACCAGUUUGGGUACAGUGCUCGUCAUCUCCUUGAAUUUACCUCCAGAGGAACAAAGAUAUUCGGAACCACUUAUGGUCUCUCCCAGUGGAACAGUGUUAAUGUUGAAAGGAGCUCUACUAACAUUUUCCUUCUUGGACUCUCUGGGUGGUCUAAUACACCCUCCAUACGAAGUGUGGAGGGAUCCAAACAAUGAAGAUAAAGAUGAUAAAGGACGGAAAAGGAAACUUGUGACAUUUUCACCAUCUUCCUCUCAGGAGAUGGGGGAUCACCAGUACGUAGUGCUCUGCUCAGAGAAACAGGCUAAAGUUUAUUCCCUCCCUUCUCAAAGCUGUCUCUACGUACACAAUAUUACUGAGACAUCUUUUGUAUUACGAGCAGAUGUCGUAACUUUGUGCAACAGCAUCUGCCUGGCCUGCUUCUGUGCUAAUGGACAUAUUAUGACCCUAAGCUUGCCAAGUCUUCGCCCUUUGUUGGAUGUAAACUAUUUGCCUUUAACUGAUAUGAGAAUAGCACGAACUUUCUGUUUUACAAAUGGUGGACAAGCUCUGUAUCUAAGCUCCCCCACUGAAAUCCAGCGAAUUACCUACAGCCAAGAUAUGUGUGAAAACCUUCAGGAAAUGCUUGGAGAUUUGUUUAGCCCUAUUGAAACUCCAGAAGCCCAAAACAGAGGCUUCUUAAAGGGGCUAUUUGGUGGAAGUGGACAAACAUUUGACAGAGAAGAGCUAUUUGGUGAAGCUUCAGCAGGCAAGGCAUCUCGGACUCUUGCCCAGCAUAUCCCUGGACCUGGUGGAAUUGAGGGAGUUAAGGGUGCAGCAUCUGGAGUUGUUGGAGAUCUAGCCCGUGCUCGGAUUGCUUUGGAUGAACGUGGACAGAGACUGGGUGAACUGGAAGACCGAACUGCAGCCAUGAUGGCGAGUGCAGAGACAUUCUCUAAACAUGCACAUGAGUUGAUGCUGAAAUGCAGAGAUAAGAAAUGGUAUCAGUUCUGAAGACUUCAAGAGCUCUUAACAAUGUAUUAAUUCAAUAAUGCCAUUCAGGAAAUGGACAUUGUCUUCUUCCACUGGUUACUGAAAAGGAAAUGACUUCUUCUUAAAUCCCCAUUCUCAAAUAUGAUUGGAAAAAUAAAUCAAGUCCACAAAUUCAACAUCUGUUAAGCCUUUAGCUCAACCAUGAGGUCUUAUUCUUUUAUUUUACUAGGAAUUAAUCCUAGAAUAUUAUGUUUCUAGUUUGCUGAACUGCAAAAGUACACACAUUUUGUUUAAGUAAAGCUUUGUAACACAGAAUGGGGAAAGGAAACCUGGAAGUAACCGGUAGAGGCUCCUAUAGAAUAGACCUACUUCAACACAUCUUUGCAUGAAGAAACACCACCCUUAUGAUGAGAAACAAAAGCAUGUUAGUGGGGGGAAGAGGGGGGGUUAAUUUCUAGCAUAAACAGAAUAUUAAAAAUACUUCUAUUUUUAAACCUGCAUAGCAAAGCCAAAAUGGACAUGUGAACUACAAUAGAGGGUGGGCUGAUUUGAAUGGUUGACUGAAUGUAUUGUUUGGCAAACUGGUAACCAUGUCAAAUAAUAGAUAACCUGGCAAUGAAUCUUUCAUUUGCAUUAAAGAUUCCCUUUGCCACACAGUCUGCUUGGUAUUAGCAUAUUGCUCUGGUAUUGAUAAAAUAAUACACUGAACAUUUGAUGUUAAUAGCAAUUGAACAGAAGGUCAGACCAGUAGAUUGUACAAUGUAACUGAUGCAGUUCUUUCUUUACCAGAAUGUAGGCAAACUGGUGAAAAUCAGAGGACCUAACCAAACUUGCUCAUAUCUUAUUCUGCAUGCAUUUCUAUGGGAAGCAAUCAUUAUCCAGAUUACAGAAGAUUGUAUACUUUUUUAGGAGUUGAACAAUGCACUUUGAGUGCCCAAACAUUCUGUGUUAUCUUGCCAUGAUUAUGUUUGGUUUAGUCAGUAGUAUCCUCAAUUUCUUUGACCCAGUUUGCUAAAUUGCUGUAAUACUGUGUCAAUUUAUUUCACUUUCACCUUUUUUUCGAAAUAGAGUGAAUAGAAGAAAAAACGGAUGCAAAAUCUAAAUAAAUCAGAAUAUGAAUAUAGCUUCAUGCUUGCCACACAUAUUUCUCAGAUAUCCAAAAUGAAACUAAUACUAUCCACUUUAAUGGCUAUGACCAAUGUGACACUAAUGAAAGAAACAAAAGCAAAAUUUUACAGCUGUUGGAAAGCUAAAACAAAAACAGAAAAAGGUUGGAAUAUUUCCAGCAUUUUCUGUUUUAAUUACUGCUAGAUAAAUAUUGGUAUGGUGACAAUUGGAAUAGUUUGUUAUUUUGCUGCCGAGAAUUCUGACUGCUUGCCAAUAUAUCAAUCUUCCAACGAGCCAUCAACUUAAGUUUAACAUUUUGGAAUGGGACAGUCCCCACCUCUGUCACUUCACUUGCAAAGGACAAGUUUUAACAGAGUUCAUAUGAUCAGUAUUCCUUCCAGUAUUAAAUUGGUAAUAUAAUGCAUCCUUGAGAUUGAAGCGUUGUAAAGGUAUGUUGCUGCCAUAUUGUUUUUUAAUCAGGUGCAAGUGGCAUUGUUUGAUAUUUUCCUAAUCUUAAUAUUUUAUUUACAUGGCAAUCUGUGCAAACUGUGUUAGUUGGAGUCAAUAGGAGUUUGAUUGUAAAGAUUAUGCAUUCUGAAUUAUGAUUUAUCUGCCAUGAACAUGGGGAUUUUGUUUACUGAAUAUUAAAUUAUGCAUUCCAACUUGAUUUACAUCUUGAAAAUUACAGUCCACAUAUAUAUUUAAGUAGAAAGUUUGGGCUAUACUCAAUUGAGCCCUAUUUGUUGGAUGUUGCAAUGUCUUGUAGUGCAUAAACUGUAAGUUUACAUCAUGGUGGUUCAUGUGUUUCAGGUGAAGCAACGUAUUACAGUAUUUUACCUCUUUAUUUCUAGUACAUGGUUUGCAAACAGCAAUCAUUUCAAUUCUGUAGUAAUAAUUAAGAAUUAUCUUGAAGGAAUUUUGAGCCAUCUUUGCCAGUUCUUAGAUGAACAUUUCCACCAGCAAUACAGAUGUCCUUAUUUGGAGCAUAACUUCAACAAAUCUUAUUCUUAUGUGCUUGUGAUGAUAUUGAAGGGUCAGUAUAACAACAUAAUUUCAUUGUUGGAAGACCAUGUUCUGUGAAGCACCCAUUAUCACUUUCCUGGGAGAAGACAGUCAUUGCAUUUAGCUUUUAAUUAUGAAAUGAAACUUGUUAGAAAUUGUGCUCAAGCACACAAAUUUUAAUUUCUUGUAGAGCAUUCAAAGCAUAUAAUGUGGAGAGAGCAGAUGCAGUGUUAGAACAUUGGAACAUGCUUUCCUAGCACAAAGAGUUUUUUUUAAACCUAUAAUCCCAGUCUGACCAAUGCUGCUGGUUAAUAUAAAUUCAAUCAUAACUACUACAGAAGCAAAAUAUUGCAGAUGCUGGAAAGUUGAAAUAAAAGCAGAAAAUAUUGAAAAUAUUCAUGCCAGGCGGUAUCUGUGGAUAGUGAAGCAGAGAUAACUAUCGGCAUUCAUUGUGAAAAAGCUGGUUAAAAGGCCUUGUCCCAGUUGUGUGUUUGAAUAUUAGGCCCCUCUAGCUCUGACCUCUCAUCAAUCCCCAUGUCCAAUCCAUGGCCCCCCAUAUUCUCCAUACCAACCUCUGCUCUUCCAUCCAUCCCUGUGAUCUCAGGUAACCCUGUACUAACAUGACCUAUCACUCAUCCUCAUUACCUCAUUAUAGUUCCUAUGUCAUCUUAAUGCUAACUCAUGGCAAACCCAUCCAUCACUCUUUACCCCUAAAACACCUAUGUCUACUUGCCCAGUAUUCACCAUGAGCUAAUUGUCAGGAAGCACUCUGAGACGUAAUAAAAUCAAGUUCGAAGUAUCAAAUACAAUAUGCUCUGUAUUUUCUUUUAAUCUUGCAUUGAUAAAAUUCCAUUCAAUACAUUUAAAUACCCUCAAGUACCUAAACGCUUUAUUUAUAAGAAAAAUAAAUUAUUUUUAUAUAUAUCCCAUCAAAGACAGAAAAUUCCUGAAUAACUUCUUUGAUCUGUCAGUAGAGCUCUGUGAACCACUAGCUUCCCCUUCCUCAACAGUAUGAUAAUGAACCAGUCAAACAGUAAUAUUGUAAUGAUAACUGUUAGUUCACGUAUCGCGAAUGCCUAAUGAAACAGAAGUUACUAACUUUCCAACUCAGACACAGGUAGGCUUUUUUUUCAGAGAUUACAGAAUAUUUACAAUAUAAAACCUCUACAGACCUUAUCUGAUUCUCAUGAACAUUUUAUAUAUCCUGUUUAAAAAGUUGUCACACUGAGAUAAUACUUUCCUGUGGUGAAAAUUAAUCAUAGAAAUUUACAGUACAGAAAGAAGUCAUUUAAUCCAUCAUGUCUGUAUUGGCUCCCAAAAGAGCCAGCUAGCCUCAUAUGAGGUCUGUUUAAAUUCAGUACUAACCUCACAAAGGCUUGCUGGAUUCAAGUUUCUUCCAUAUGAGUCAUUUACUAUUCCAUUCCCCUGUAAGCAUAAGGUCAAAAAUCACACAACACCAGGUUAUAGUCCAUUGGGUUUACUUGAAAACACUAGCUUUCAAAUAAACCCAUUGGACUAUAACAUGAUGUCAUGUGAUUUUUGACCUUGUCCAACCCAGUCCAACAUUAGCACCACCAUAUCCUGUAAGCAUAAAUGGGGGAAGGACUGUUGAAUUGAGGGUCAUGGUGCAUUAUGGAUAGUUUGUGGAUUCACCAAUUCUGCAAAAAUCAGUGCCCUUGUUUCAGAUAAAUGUUAAUGCUGUUUCUCUCCACACAUAUUGCCUGGUGUGCUGAGUAUUUCCAGCAUUUUCUGUAUUUCUAUCUCAGUCAGAUCUACCUUUCAUUCCUUCAUAUUUUUACCAUUCAAUUCUGUUGGCAAGUGGUAUGAACAGUAGCAGUUGUGCUGAAAGAUAAUCAAGCUGGAACUUUAGUUCUGAUUUAUAGUAGAUGUCUGAUGUGUGAAGGAUUUACAGCAUUUUCUGUUUAAUUGUUGAACAUUAACUUGCCGUUUGACCUUUUCUUUCCUCCUUCUCCGUGCCCCACUCCUCCUCGAAUCUCUGACAUUAGAAAUUAACCAUGUGGGGUCUUAAGCAUUGUAGGAACAAUACUUUAUGCAUUUUCUCAUUACUUCCAACACUAGUGAAAAUGCUCAGUUCUAGAAUACAUCAACAAAUAAUGCAUAUUUCAAUUCUGAAUUUUUAUUUCAGUGUUUAUAGUAUUUUUAUAAAAAUAUUGUAUUGAGUUUUUAAAAAGUUUGAAAAAUAAAAGUUCUUGAGUGAAUCACAAAGAUUUCAGAUAUGCUGUACUCCUGCCCCAGAUAUAUCCAAUUUGCUGAUUACAAAGAAGGCAGAAGAUGAUGCAAACUGAAAAUGAUGUGUCCAUGUCAAAGGCAUUAGGUUCAAACAUUAUAGGUAAAUCAGUUGUUUGUAUUCUGUCAAAUUUUAAUCUUCAAGGAUCCUUACCCCUCCUGUUAAAAGUACAGGUUAAUGCCGUCAAUGGCAUAAUGCCACACUACAAGCAAUCACUUCUAGGUGAACUUGUGGAAUGUGGGAGACAAUGUUAGUUUUCUUUCCUUCAUGUUAGGAAGUACAUAGAUAAAUAGUUGUAAAGUUUGCCAUUUAGUCCCAAAGUAAAGAAAAAUCCUUACUGAUAGUUUAACAAAACUAGAUCUUUUUCUGCAACAUUUUUCUCCCUGCUUAUUAUUAAUAAAAAAUGAAUGAUAUGAUCAAUUAAAUCAAAUUGUGCUUUCAAUUUGUUCUUCCAUUAUUGUCAUAGUCUUUAUAUAGGAAAAUAACCUGCUAAUUUACUUUUUUAUAUUUAAUUUCACAUUUAAAGAAAUUAUCACAAAUUGUAAUCUUUUAUUAAUAGCUCGAUGGUUAGAAGGUAUUGGUGCUAAGUCUUACUAAUGCCCAUAACGUCUAAUUGUCUCACAAAUAAAGAACAAUAUUCCUUUGUUAAUUCAGUCUCUGAGAAAUCCAAGAAUAAAUGGAUAUUAAUGAAAUAAUCUUUUGAGCCAAGAAAUUCAACUUAGUUGUCUUGAUUUUCUUAGUUGGAUUUUCCUUUUUUAAUCGAAAUCUAUUUAUUUUAUAAGAUAACUAUGAAUAUUUCUUCAUACUUAUAUUGUCACCAUGCAAUUGUAAUUGUAGAAUGGUCACAGCACAUAAAGAGGUUAUUGGCCAUAUUGUGCCCAUGCUAGCUCUCUACAAGUCCAUAGAUCUAUUCUUAUUUCCCUGCUCUUUUUACCCAAUUAGUAAUUCAAUUCCUCUUUGGAAGCCAUGAUUGAACUAAGAACACACUCUCCAGCAGAACCCAAUCACUUGCUGAGUACAAUAGAAUAGAGUAGUCAUUUAUUGUCACUUCUCUCAUGUUUAAGUCUCUUUCCCAAUCACCUGAAUUAAGUGUGCACUGGUUCUCAAUCCUUCCACCAAUGAUUAUAUUAUUUCCCUAUCUACUCUAUCCAGUAACCUCAUGAUUUUUGAACUUGCAUGUCAAAUCUUCUGUUGAUCUUUUCUUUUCUAAAGAGAACUGGUAAAUAUAUACAAGCCACUGAAAUCCCUCAUUCCUGGAACUAUCCUAAUCAAUAUUUUCUGCACUCUUCCUCUAAAUCCUUCAUCAUCUUCCUAAAAUGAGAUGACAGAAAUGGGUACAAUACUGCAGUUGAAGCCUAACCUAAUCUUUUAAAGAUUCAACAUUAAAUCCUUGCUUUUGUACUCUCUGGCUCUACUUUUAAAGCACAAAAUCCUGUAAUUUUUUUUGCUGUUUUCUCAAUCUGCCUUGGCACCUUCGUGAUUUGUCCACAUAUAUUUCUAGGCCUCUAUACCUGAACACCCUUUAAAAUUGUAUUGCCUUUCAUUAUCUUCCUACCAAAUGUACUACUGUAUAAUUCUCUGCAUUAAAAUUCAUCUUGCACAUGUCCAACCUUUCAACCAGCCUGAUGUGUUCUCUUGAAAUCUUGCUUGCAGUAUCCCUUCUGCAAUUUACAAUACUUUCAAGUUUUGUAUCACUUGUAAGUUUUGAAAUUGUAUCGUGCAAUUCAAAGUAGAGUUCAUUCAUAAUUAUCAAAGGGCAGUCACCCUAAUACCAACACUUAAAUGCAUACCAUUCUAUAUACCUUGCACCAUCCUGAUAAACCACUCAACACCAUUAUUCUAUUUCUUGUCAAUUGUCUAAUAUCUUAUCCAUCCCACCACUUUCAUUCCCUGGACUUUAACUUUGCUGAAAGGCUAAUUUUGUGACAUUUAUUAUAAUGACUUUUGGAAGCUCAUGUGCACCAGAUUACCUCCUUCAACCCACCCUGUUAUCUGAUGAAUAAACUUAAUCAACUUAGUUGAACUCUUAACUUUUGCCCUUUGAAAAAAAUCCAUUAUAGUUUUCCUUCAUUCAUCAAAUUUUGUCCAAGUGGCUUAUAGUCCGGCUCCAAAUUAUCCCAGUGUUAGGCCACUGUUGAGCAUGUUUUUACUUAAGAGCACGUAAAAAUGUUUAACUGCCAACAUCACAUUUUGGCCAUUCCUCAAAAAAUGCAAUGGUAGGGCAUCCAUUGAGCAUCUGUCCUUGGGUCCAUUAAGGUCAUAAUAUACUGGGCAGUAUAAGGAGGGUAAGAGUGAGGAGGCAUUUUUUUUUCUCACCGUCUGAGGUAUAUAGUGAUGUCCCUGUGCACAUCAAGAGCACCCUUUCUAGUGUCUCUUGUAUCCACCCUCUAUCUUUUAUGGGCCUCCUUGCAGUACCCACUAGUCUUCCCCUUAUGUUGCUAGGACUGCAAUAAUUGUUGGACAAUUAGAUUGGUUGCCAGUUCUCAAGGGCAAGACUUCCUUCCACUGAGUGGUAGAGGUUGACCCUUGGUUUAUUAAGGCCAGCCACAUAGUAAUAUUACUGUGGUGCAACUAUGUUUCAAGCAGCACUCCCCACU